CACAAGGACUAGUGCCAUAAGAAAAGUCUCAGCACAAGGACUUCAGAGUAAUUAUUCAAUAUUUGUCAUAGCUGGCAAUGUUCUGUCAAAGUCACCGCACGUGUUCUUAUUAAGUCUAAUAAAGCAUCUCAACUUGUGAAACCCAACCUCUUAACUUUCAGAACUGUGAGACUUUGUAUUUAAAUCUAAAUAAAGUUUAUAAAAAAAAAGAAAAAAAAAACUUGUCAAACCUCUUAGCUCAUUAAGUAUUUCUGAAUUGAAAAUAUUACCAAAUCACCAUGUGAAGUUCAUUUAAAAUUCAAUGAAGAGCUGUAGAAACAAUAUGGAUUCUCAAAAGUUGUUUCUGCAAUCUUUUCUUCUAUGCCUUCAUUUCACAUCUUCUUCUUCCCUAGACACCAUUACCAUAAACCAAACUAUUGAAGAUGGUAACUUUCUAAUCUCUGAAGGAAAUAAUUUUGUUUUAGGAUUUUUUAGUCCUGGAUAUUUGGGGCAUAGAUAUCUUGGAAUCUGGUACCACAAAGUCCGAGAGCAAACUGUGGUUUGGGUAGCAAAUAGGAAUAAUCCGAUCAAUGGUUCCACAGGCGUUCUAUCAAUUGACCGGCUUGGAAAUCUCAUUCUGUAUAGCAACCAUAACCAGGAAGUAGUAUGGUCAACAAAUGUCUCUGUGGAAGUUACAGAUGCUUGUGUAGCUCAGCUCUUGGAUUCAGGAAAUUUGAUUUUGGUCCAAGAUAGAAGUAAAAGAAUUGUGUGGCAAAGCUUUGAUUGGCCUACAGACACUCUGCUACCAGGAAUGAAAUUGGGGUUUAAUCGAAAGGCAGGUAUGUUCUGGUUCCUAACAUCUUGGAGAUCAGCAGAUGACCCUGGAACUGGAAACUUCUCACUUCAGGUCAAUGCAAUAGGAGCACCACAAUUCUUCCUUUACAGUGGUACAGUAUAUUAUUGGCGAAGCGUUUUAUGGCCCAAAAAUUAUGCAGAUGUGUGGAACUACGGUUUUGUCAACAAUCAGGAUGAGAUUUAUAUGAAGUACACUCUUGCAGAUGCUUCUGUUAUCCUAAGAGUAGUGUUGGACUAUUCAGGAAUUAUCAAGAAACUAGCAUGGCAUGAAAAAGUUGGAAAAUGGAAGGAAUUCUGGACCGCACCUAGUUCUCUGUGUGAUACAUAUGGACAUUGUGGUGCCUUUGGAAUAUGUUAUCCUGAUUUAAUUGGGAGAUUUGAGUGUGAAUGCUUACCAGGGCAUGAACCCAAGUCCCCGAGGGAUUGGAAUAUUCUAAGAGAUGCAUCAGGUGGAUGUGUCAGGAAGCGGCUAGAGUCUUCCUCAGUAUGUGGGCAUGGAGAAGGAUUUGUCAAACUGACAAAUGUUAAACUACCUUAUACUUCAACAGCACUUUGGGAGGAAAUGAAUAUGAGUCCUAUGGAAUGUGAAAAAGAAUGCAGGAGGAACUGUUCAUGCUCUGCAUAUGCAAGCAUAGAGAUUGCUGGGGAAGCUACUGGUUGUUUGACAUGGUAUGGCGAAUUAAUGGACACUGCAGGUCAUAUGAAAGAGGGAUAUGAUAUCAAUGUCCGUGUUGACGCACUUGAAUUAGAGAUUGCACGAGAAUCAAAUGGUUUUCUGGAAAGCAAGGAUAUGUUGGAUGCUUUAAUAGCAUCUGCUGUUUCAGCCUGGUUUGUCAUCAUUUUAUUUGCAUAUUUGUGGCUGAAGAAGAAGAGAAAAGGAGUGAGGAACCACAGCAAUGAAAGAUUGCUUGAUGCAUGCUACAAGGAUACCUUGGUGACAAAUCAAGUUGAAGGUAGCAUGAGUCAUCCAGACAUUGCAUUUUUUAAUCUCAGGACAAUACUUGUUGCGACCAACAAUUUUUGUCAGGCUAAUAAGGUUGGAGAAGGUGGUUUUGGCUUGGUUUACAAGGGUCAACUCUCUAACGGACAAGAAAUCGCAGUGAAACGGCUAUCUAAAAAUUCAGGUCAAGGAGUAGAAGAAUUUAAAAAUGAAGUUAUGUUGAUUGCAAAGCUUCAACACAAGAAUCUAGUGAAGCUCCUAGGAUGUUGCAUUCAAGGAGAAGAACCAAUGCUAGUUUAUGAAUACUUGCCAAACAAAAGCUUGGACUCUUUUCUUUUCGAUGAAACAAAAAAGGCAAUCUUAAAUUGGAGAAAACGCUUUGAUAUCAUUGUUGGAAUUGCGCGCGGGAUCUUAUACAUUCACCAAGAUUCCAGGCUAAGUAUUGUUCAUAGGGAUUUAAAAACUAGUAACAUUCUAUUGGAUGCAGAAAUGAAUCCAAAAAUUUCAGAUUUUGGCUUAGCUAGAAUCUUCAAAGGUGACCAAAUUCAAGAAAAGACUAAAAGAAUAGUUGGAACAUUUGGGUACAUGUCACCAGAGUAUGUAGUGUUUGGAAAGUUUUCAGCGAAAUCUGAUGUUUUUAGUUUUGGGGUCAUAUUAUUAGAGAUCAUUACGGGGAAGAAGAAUAAUAGCUAUUGCCAAGAGGAUUCUUUCCGAAGCAUGAUAGGACAUAUAUGGCAUUCAUGGAGAGAAAAUGUAGCAUUGGAGAUAGUUGAUUCAUCUAUAAGGGAGUCAUGUCCUUCUCAAGAAGUGUUGAGAUGCAUUCAAAUUGGGCUCUUGUGCGUGCAAGAAGAUGUAUCGGACAGACCAAUGAUGUCAACCAUUGUUUUAAUGUUGAAUAGUGAAAUUACUCUCCCUUCUCCGAAACAACCUGCAUUCAACUUUAUUAAGUCAUGCAAUAGUUCUAGCUCCUUAGCAAGAAUAGAAAGAUUUUGUUCAGUGGAUGAGGAAACAAUUACUGAAGUUGUAUGUCGAUAAACAUAUUCUCUUAUCAAUUAUACUUAAAUUAGACAUUUGCCUGCACAUUACGUGGAUUUUUGUAACUUUUCAAGCUACUAUUGUGGAAAUAUAUAUACAUUUGGAAGCUUUUGUAUCAA